AUGAAAAAAACCAAUGGAUUCUCCCUUUCAGAGCUCUUGGAAAAAGGGCACGCAGAGUAUUUAGGCUUGUUUCUGAUAUUUGCUGGAGGAGGGUGGAUGCUUCUUGCAGUUUUGGAUGCCUGUGAAGUUGGUCCAUUCAAGCACAUUCUUUUCAACGCGGUGGCUGCUAUUAUUGUGUGCACUCUACUUGCUAUAUACCUGUUUAUUGGGAUAAAAAGUGUGCGUGUCAUGCGCAUGAUUGGAAAUCACUACAAAGAGACUACAAAGCAGCAGAAAAAGACUUAG